AUGGCAAGGCAAGAGUGGCUAGAGUCGGUGGAGCGCAGAAGCGGUGGGCUCACGCGUUGCGCCAACUUAACAGACAUUACUUUGUCACGAUGGGCACCGAGAAAAAUUCUUCUGUCGGCUACUUUGUCAAGAGAUGUCGAAGAUUUGCACAUGUGGAAUCUUUUCCAACCACGUUUAUUCCGUGCGAAUGUUUCUGAGAGUAAAGAGAUAAAUCUCGCGCUACAAACUUCCGACCAUGUCACGGGAGAACUAUCACUUCCAUCGACCAUCAGGCAUACGGUAUUAGCUGUUGAGAAGCAAUUCCACCCACUUGUUCUCUAUCUGAAAAUUGUGGAACAUGACUGGCAGAAAGUGCUCGUAUUCACGAAUGAAAAGUAA